GGCCCCGCCGAGCCGGCAGCCCCGCUUAAAUAAAUACCUCCGCGCCUCCUCCCCGCAGCCGCACAGCUCGCCGGGGCGAGGGGCCGAGAAGAAGCACAAGCCGCCCGGCGCCGCGGAACUUGCGCGCAUCGCCUCCCAUCGCCGCCCAGAGAAACAGAGAGAGGGCCGCCCCAUGCCUGCGCACUUGCUGCAGGAGGAGGAGUUCUCCUCCGCUUCCAGCACCACCACCACCGUCGGCACCGUCACCUCCCGGGUGACCAGGAAUGGGGAUGCCGUCAUGGAGAAGGACUUUAUCAAUCAUGAGGACUUGGCAGGAGACCGGGGCAUGAUAGACGAUAUCUUUGAUGAGACCUACCGGGAGAAAGAAGGCCCCAAGCCCCCCAUGCGAUACGUCUGGAGGAAUAUCAUCCUCAUGAGCCUGCUGCAUCUAGGGGGCAUCUUCGGGUUGACGCUGAUACCUUCUGCGAAGAUCCAGACCUUGGCAUGGGCUGUCCUGUGUUUCCUGGUGAGCGCUCUGGGGAUAACAGCUGGAUCUCACCGCCUCUGGAGCCAUCGGUCCUACAAAGCCACGCUGCCCCUGCGGAUCUUCCUGACUAUUGCAAACUCCAUGGCCUUCCAGAAUGACAUCUACGAGUGGGUCCGGGACCACCGCGUCCAUCACAAGUUCUCUGAGACAGAUGCAGACCCACACAAUGCCAUGCGGGGCUUCUUCUUCUCCCACAUCGGCUGGCUGCUGGUGCGCAAGCACCCGGACGUCAUAGAGAAGGGCCAGAAGCUGGACCUGAGCGACAUAAAGGCUGACAAAGUGGUGAUGUUCCAGCGGAGAUACUACAAGCCCUCGGUGGUGUUGCUGUGCUUCGCGCUGCCCACUCUGGUGCCCUGGUACUACUGGGAUGAAUCCAUCGUCAUCAGCUUCUUCAUUCCAGCCAUCCUGCGCUACACCAUAGGGCUCAACGCCACUUGGCUAGUCAACAGUGCUGCCCACAUGUUCGGCAACCGGCCGUACGAUCAGAACAUCAACCCACGGGAGAACCCCCUGGUCAGCCUGGGGGCCCUAGGAGAAGGCUUCCACAACUACCACCACACCUUCCCCUACGACUACUCCACCAGUGAGUUCGGCUGGCGCUUCAACUUAACCACAGCCUUCAUCGACCUCAUGUGCCUCCUGGGGCUGGCCAGCGAUCGCAAGAAGGUCUCCAAGGAGGUCAUCCUGGCCCGGAAAAUGCGGACUGGAGAUGGGAGUCACAAGAGUGGCUGAGUUCCUGCUGUCCUUCACACACACAUCCACACCUCUCCUUCCUCCUUUUUUUUUUUUCCUCCUCCCUUUCUCCCUUCCUGACCCCUCCGAACACGCUGGACAAAGGUUUAAUGUUCUGUUUACUAACUACUGAAUAAUGCUACCAGUUUGCUUAAGAUAAUGAUAAUUGAGUUUUAACCCCCGCCCCCCCUUUCCUCCCCUCGCCGCCUCCCCACGCUGUAUUUUACGUGAUGUAUUUAAGAUCUAGGACUCUGCCUUUAUAACACGAGGCCACCCCUUUCCCUCCUCUCCUUUUCCUCCCUGUUCUUUAUCUCCAGCCCCUCUUAUCCCAUCUCCUGCUUCACGUCGUCCCGGUCUCUCCCUGGCAGAGGAGCUGGUAGGAAGCAGCCCCGGGGGGAGGUCUUUUUUGGAGUUUUAAGGGAAGCCUGUACCAGCCAGCUGAAGAGUUGAGCCAAAGUCAGUGACCUUCUCCCCACCACCUUGCUCCCCCCCAAAAAAAAAUUCCUUCCUCUGUCCCUCCCCACCUUUCUCAAGGGCUGCUGAUGGAUGUGGCGUGGCUGAACCCCCAGGGAAAAGCAGCCCCGUCCCCUUCCCUCGCCAUUGGAAAGAGUUGUCUCUUUCCAGGAUGUCUCUUGGGAAGCCUUCUCCUCCGGCUCCCCACCGCACAGCCUCUCUGGGUGGGGAGAGGAGAGCCCCCAGACUCUCUCAGAGCUCUGGCCAGGGCCACCAGUGGCUUGGCGUGGGGUAGGGGACACUGGUGGCAGCAGCAGGCACUGGAGGGGGGAGCCUUGGUGGCCUUAUUACCUCCUCCCUCUGGUGUCACAGCCACCUUCCCUGCACUGCCUGCUGUGCCACCAGGGACUGAAGGCUCCAUGGGGCUCUGUGCCACCCCCCCAGAGAGCCACAGCGAGGAGGGGGACAGAUGGGGGGGUGCCGUGGGGUGGCACCAGCCCCGGGGUGGUUUUGUUCGCCACCACCGCUGAGAUUUUUUUUUUUUUUGCCAGCAAAAUGGGACUUUGCCAAAAUAUAGAGGGCAGGGAGGGGGGAGAAGGAUGUAAACCAAAGCCUCCACCGCUGAGCUCAAGUUGCUUUACGUGCUGGAGAAACAGGGUCCCCACUGGGUGGCCCGGAGAUGUCCUGGUGUCCUUGCCUCUGCCCCCUGGGAGCAGCUGCAGGGGUAGAGAGGGGUGAAGGUGUCUUCAGGAGCAGGUUUCUCCAUCUCCAGGGGCUCCACUCAGUUGAUUAACAAGUGCCUGAGAAACACCCACAUGGGGCCAGGCAUCGCGAGGGGCUCGAGGGAGAGUCAGGACCUCAGAAGGGGUGACACUGCCACCAGCGUGGGUCACCUCUGGGCUUUCCUGUCCUAGGUGGGUCCACCCGGGGUGAUUUUCCAUUCCCUGGCUCCUCUUGAGGGAGUGGGAAGAGGGGAGGCAAAAGCAGCUCCUGGUUAGUCCCUUGGCUUGCUCCUUGGUGAGCCAUCUGGGGCCACCUCGCUCCGUCACCGGCAAGGGUGGCUGGUCCUGCAGAAAGGUCACUUAUGUCACCAAGCCAAUGUGGGCACGCAGCCGGAGGGUGGGCUGGGGAGCAGGGGGUCGGGGAAGAAAAAAAAAGAGGAAAAAAAAAAAAAAGAUAAAGUCCUUGUGGGUGUUGUUUCCUGCAAGUUGCCAAGAGUUGGGGUUAGGUUCCGGGCGUCGUGACCUCGAGCCCCUCACUGGGCUGAACGUGCUUUUUAUCCCCCCCCCUUAACUCUCCCCGUUAUUAUUAAUUUUUUUAUUAUUAUUAUUAUUACUAUUAGUUGUAGCAAUAGUGUUGUUUUCGUUGCUUAAAUGCAUCAAAUCGGGAGCUGGAAGAAAGCACAAGAGGUUGGCCAGAGCGAGGUGAUGUUGUUGGAGUUGGUGAGGGGGGGGGGGGGGGGGGUUUGCAGCGUGCCCCCCACCCCAUCGUGGGGCAGGGGCCGGGGAGGGCAGAGAUGGAGUGGACCCCAACUUCCUCGCCUGGGCUCUGCCACGCAGCAGCCCCCGGCAAGCUUUCACGGGAGCUUUGCUUUCUCCUGCCACUGUGGGACUCGCC